GUGAAGGCGGCGUUUAAGACCGCGGGGUUCAGGACGGUGCUGAAUAAGGCGUCCGAGGGGUACAACGCGGUGUGGAACGGGUGCCUGAAAAACGAAGACUUGAAACGCGUGAACCGGUAUCAAAGAGUGAACCACUUCCCCGGGACGUGGGAGGUCGGAAGGAAAGAUCGGCUGUCGAGGAACAUCGGCAAGGCGCGGAGACGCACGCAGGGGAGCGACGACUUCGACAUCCACCCGCGGUCGUUCGUGCUGCCCGCGGACAGCGACGACUGGCGCAUAGAGUGCGACCGGUACCCGGACGGUUUGUACAUCAUCAAACCGCCGGCGUCCUCGCGCGGGAGAGGGAUCAAGAUGAUGCGUCGACCGAGCGACAUCAAGCCGGACAAGGACUACCUCAUCCAGAGAUACAUCCGAGACCCGCAUCUCAUCGACGGGUACAAGUACGACAUCCGCGUCUACGUCGCGGUGACGUGCUUAGACCCGCUGAGGGUGUACGCGUACAGAGAAGGUUUAGUCCGUCUCGCGACGGAGCGAUACACGAACGACGGCGUCGACUUGAACAAGCGGUGCAUGCACCUGACGAACUACAGUGUGAACAGUAAAAAAGAAGCGUUCACGAUGGGCGAGACCGCGGAGGACGACGACGUCGGGUUCAAGUGGUCCCUCUCCGCGCUCAGGAGGCACUUCGACGAUAACGGUUUGGAUUUCGAAUCGACGUGGGCGAGGAUGAAAGACGUCAUCGUGAAGACGAUGAUCGCGGUCGAGUCCCCGAUGAACACGAAGAGCAAGAUGUUCGUCCCGGACCGGCGGAUAUGCUACGAGAUCUUCGGGUUCGACAUCAUGCUCGACUCGAGGCUCACGCCGUGGCUCAUCGAGGUCAACACCGGUCCGUCCCUGAGCGCGCCGUCGAAGCUGGACAUGCACGUCAAGCACCGGAUGCUCGCCAACUUGUUCAACCUCGUCGGG